AUGGAGGGGCCCGAGCCCGCUGCUGCGGCGGACGGGGAGCAGGGCGGGUCGCUGGCGAGGCUCGACGUCGUCGAGCAGAGCAUCAUCGAGGCGCUGAAGCUCGCCGGGGGCGUCAUGGCCGAGCUGGCGAAGGGCAGGGACGCGUCAGGCGUGGAGGCUGGGCGGCUCGCCACGGAGGCGCUGCACCGCGUGCGGAGGUGUCAGGAUCUGCUGAGGAGCGAGUACAGGUCCACAUCGACCGUCGUCAUGCCGCGCGCGACGGCCUACGUCGACCAGCAGCGCGUCGAUGUCGCGAAGGAGCGCAUCCAGAUCGCGCAGGAGCAGCUGCGUCACAUCGAGCGCGUCCUGUCCGGAGCGUAA